ACUCGUGUUCAUUAUAAUGGCUACUCCUAGUGAAAUCAAGCUUUUUGGAAAGUGGUAGGUAGUGUUGAGACGUAUUAUGUGGUUUGUGUGUGCAAGUAGUGUAGGAAUGUAUAUAACAGUAUAUAGGACCUUUGGCGAUGUUGAGGUGAACGACAAGUCUCUUCAGGACCAUUUGGCCGUAACUCCUAAGUACGCAACUUAUCUCCCCCACACUGCUGGAAGAUAUCAGUUGAAGCGUUUCCGCAAGGGUCAGUGCCCUCUUGUUGAGCGUCUGACGAACUGCCUGAUGUUCCAUGGCCGCAACACUGGAAAGAAGAUGAACGCUAUGAAGAUCGUUGAGCAGGCUUUCGACAUCAUCAACCUGAUGACGGAUAAGAACCCGAUUCAGAUUCUUGCUGAUGCUGUUGCGAACGCUGGACCUCGUGAAGACUCGACUCGUAUCGGUACUUCCGGAGUGGUUCGUCGUCAGGCUGUGGAUGUGUCUCCGUUCCGUCGCGUGAGCUUUGCUUUGUCUCUGCUGACGACUGGCGCUCGUGAGGCUGCUUUCCGCAACAUCAAGUCGAUGUCUGAGUGCCUGGCUGAUGAGCUGAUGAACGCUGCGAAGGGUUCUUCGAACAGCUACGCCAUUAAGAAGAAGGACGAGAUUGAGCGUGUUGCGAAGGCCAACCGAUAAGUAUUGUUGCUGCUGGGUGGGUGCGAUGAUUGCACUAGCCGAGUAUGGUGGAUUAAGCUGGGUUGUUUGUUUGUAAA